UACUCUUCAUUGGUCACUACCGUCAUUUCUGACAAAACCGAGCUCCUGCAAGCAAGCUAGAGAGAGAAAACCAACACUUAGAAGAAAAGGAAAACAGGUCAGGGGAGAGAGCUCCUUCACGCCAAUUUCCCUCCUUUCUCUGUCCUCAAAAGAAGAGAGGGGGCGUGGAGGAGAGAGAAGAGGAGAAUCUAUCCCACUUCUUCUCGUGAGCUUCUUCCCCUCUUCGUCCUCUGCUUUCUUAGAGAAAGAGGGAGAUGACUUCGGGAGGUGGAAGGAUGCCGACAUGGAAGGAGAGGGAGAAUAACAAGAGGAGAGAGAGAAGGCGAAGAGCGAUUGCUGCCAAGAUUUUCACGGGCCUUAGAGCGCUCGGCAACUUCAAGCUCCCCAAGCACUGCGACAACAACGAGGUCCUCAAAGCCCUCUGUGCUGAGGCUGGGUGGGUCGUGGAAGACGACGGCACAACUUAUCGCAAGGGAUGCAAGCUACCUCUUCCACAGCCAGAGAUAGCAACAGGAGCUCCAUCUGCUAACAUAAGGCCAUGUUCUUCAUCACACCAACUUAGCCCUCCAUCCUCCUCCUUCCCCAGCCCAGUUCCUUCUUAUCAAGCCAGCCCAGCAUCUUCUUCCUUCCCAAGCCCCACAAGGCUUGAGAAUCACAACAAUCCUAGUGUCACUCCUUCCUAUCUCCUCCCUUUUCUUCGAAACCUUUCAUCUCUCCCACCUCUUCGAAUCUCUAAUAGUGCGCCGGUGACUCCUCCCCCGUCCUCCCCAACCUCUUCUAGGCCUUUCAAGCUUAUGAAGCCUGACUGGGAUUAUGCCGCUGUCGCAGCUGUAGCUUAUCAUCACCCUUUGUUUGCUGCCUCAGCCCCAGCUAGCCCAACCCGCGGCCGUCACCCGCUGCAUCCGGCAACAAUACCAGAAUGUGAUGAGUCUGAUGCCUCGACAAUCGAUUCAGGCCGGUGGGUCAGCUUUCAGAACACUGCUCCAGCAUCUCCCACAUUCAAUUUGAUCAACCCAGCUGCUGCAAUGCCAGAAUCUGCUUUGGUUGAAAAGAGUGGCAGAAUGGUUUCUGAUUUUGAAUUCGAGAGUCGGAGGGUGAAACCAUGGGAAGGGGAGAGAAUUCAUGAGGUCGGAGCGGAGGAGGAUGAUCUCGAGCUCACAUUGGGUCUUGGAAGUGCCAGAGCAAAAUGAAUUAUGUUCCUUGGAUUGCAGUGGAAGGUAAUUCUGGGACAGCUAUUCUUUCAUUGCUUUGAACUAAAAAACACACUGUCAAUUGAGCUUUCUACUUGGUAUAAGUUUCUGAUCUUUAUGUUUAAAGCUUUGUAAAUUGCAGAGAUGUUUAACACGUUUUCAUUUAUCAUUUAAUCUGUGGUUUAUCAUUUAAUAAUC